AUCAGUCUUUAUCAAGAAUUAAUUAAUACAAAGACAAAUGAAAUAACAAAUUUAAUGUCUACAAUUGAAAACUAUAAAAAGAAAGUUGAAAGAAUUGAAGAAAUAAGAAAAAAACAUGAAUAUGAAUAUGGUGAAAGAUUGAAAAAUCAAGAAAAAACUCAUAAAUAUGAAAAAGAAGAAAAAGAAAGAAAUUAUAAACAUGAAACAGAUCUUAUGCAAUAA